AAUUUACAAAUACUCUCUUAAUCAAAUAAAUUCUAUUAUUAUUAUUAUUUUCUAUUUGGAUUCAAAUUAACCCGACCCGAUAAAAUAUGAUACUGGUGGCGAUUGUUGCGGAGGUGAUGGAGGAAUACACGGCGUUACUUUCAAGGGUGGUGGAACAAGUUUUCCGAUCAGCACCUGUUCCUCGACGGGUUCGUUUACUCAUUAUCCGUAGUCUUCCAUUUGUUUCUUCUCAACCUAGGAGGAUUCAAUUUCAGCCCCAUUAGUUCUCGAUUUUUCCUUUUUUGUCCUUUUGCUUCCAAUUUAGGUUUUGUUUCGUGUGCCAUUGUCCCAUGUUACCCUACCUUGUAAAUUUUGGAGUUUUCUCUUAGCAUAUUUGACUUAUUUUCUCUGAAAUUUUACGAAAUUUUGUCCUCUUUUUAUUUUCUAUAUUUAUUGUGAAUUUGAGCUUUUUGCAUUGUAAAUAUUAUUACUCCAGAUUACUCCUCUGGUUUUCU